UUUUCAUAUUUGAUUCUAACCUAUGAGCAAAUUUGGAGAGUAAACGAAACAAUUGCUCCCCGUUUUCAUCACUAUAAUAAACGUUUCAAAUGGCAUUUCAAGAAGAUAUGAGGAGACGGAUCUGCUCCAAGCGCCUCGCUCCAACUGAUAUCAGCAAAAGAUUGGCUAUCCCCACCAAGAGUCUUGCCUUCUUCCCAAGUAGCAGAUCUCGUCCCAUGGAGUUUCCAGUUCAUGAAGAAGAGAGUAGUGGGCGCGUGUGGACGUUUGCUUGCUCGAUCCGCAAAACAGGCUUCAAAAAGCCUGUUUUGCAGAAGGAAUGGCUACUUUUUGUUGAUUUUCAUGAUCUAAGAGUUGGUGAUGUAGUGACAAUUUAUGAGCACGUAUCUGAAGAUGAAAUCAAGUUGUUUGGUAAGCUUUUGCGUCGUUUAUAUUAUCACUCUAUUAAGGUUGAGAGAGCUGCACCCAAUGAUGAUGCUAAUGAAGCUGAUGCGAUGUAAAGUAGAGGCCGAGAGGAAGAGAGGCCGAGAUUCGGUUUCUAGUAUAUGGAUAGUAUGUAUUCCACGCAUGCAAUUUCCAGAAUGAAUAUGCAACUAAAGACCUAUGUUGCACAUAUAGUGCGCAAUAGCAGGUAUCUAUUGCCUCCGCCUUCA